GAAUGGGCUCACUUGCGGCUCUUAUGUCUUAUGCUGGGACACUUCGUAAUUUCACAAUUUUCCAAAAUUUUUUGGGGAAAGCAUCGCUUGUGGUUUCUGAUGUCCUAUGGCAUGGUGGCCUGCUGGUUUGUACUUGGAACGAAAGGCCUGGCAACCAUUUUCCUGAACACCUUUAUAUUUUAUAUGAUAGCACAGACGAAGAUUCCACUUCUCAUCUGGCUGAGCUCUGUGCUUAUCCUCCUGAUGUUACAUAAUGAGACCGUUGAAAAUACCCAGCGUGGUUGGUAUGGAACCGAGAAUGAGUAUUACCUCCUGCAGUUCACUCUCACUGUACGCUGCCUUUUUUACACCAGCUUCUGCCUCGAAUACAGUUGGCAUCCGGGAGGUGACAGCAGAUGCUACAGCUUUCCAUCGCUGCUGGCCUAUGUAUUUUAUUACCCUUUAUUCCACAACGGCCCUAUAAUUCCUUUCAAUGAGUUC